ACAGGAGGCGCCGAGGGCCCAUGGCCUUCACUGCUUCACCUCACGCAUUUUCUGUGGCGCUCGUUUGACGUCACUUCCUUCACAGAUUUCUGCCCGCUCCUUCCCCACCGGUCACUGUUUGAUGACGCACCCACAGCGCCUGGUUGUCUUUGACAAACUAGUGCAGCGACUCCCUAGGAGGACUAUGACCAUGAAGGCAAAAGCGAGAUAUCCAUCCAUCUGUUCUCUCACCUCACCUCUCGGGAACAUCAAAAUGCCUUUUAGUUCUUGGAUUGCCUUGAGCGACUUCGUCACACCUGCAUGAGGUCACAAGCGCAGAGGGUUGAGUAAUGAGUGCAAAAAGCGGGGUGGGGCUGAAGCCAAGAAGAGGUUGGGCUGUGUCCUGCAGGUUCCUGACUCAGAUAUUGUAACUGCCUUCAUCUUGUCCAAAUGGCUGCCUCCCAUUUUCUCUGCUGCUCAGAAUUUAACCAGGGAAAGAACCUUGUCUGUGUCCUCAUCAAUCCACACUGUGGCGGCCUCAUUAAUGCAGAUGGCCAUGGCGAAGUGUGGACAGAUUGGAAUGAUAUAUCAAAAUUUUUCCAAUAUGGAUGGAGAUGUUCCACUAAUGAAAAUUCCUAUUCAAACCGUACCCUGGUAGGCAACUGGAACCAAGAAAGAUAUGACAUAAGAAAUAUUGUACAGCCCAAACCUUUGCCUUCCCAGUUUGGACACUACUUUGAAACAACAUAUGAUACAAGCUACAACAGCAAAAUACCACUUUCAACCCAUAGAUUUAAGCGAGAGCCUCAUUGGUUCCCAGGACAUCAACCUGAACUGAGUCCUUCUCAAUACAAAUGCACAGAAAAGUCAAUUUACAUGACUGACUAUUCUAAACCUCAAAUCAAGCAUCACUCUCCGUGUGUAUGGAAUCCUAAUAUUGACCAAUUUCAGGGUCCAAGAUGAUAAGAAAGAAUAAGAACUUUCAAUUUUCUAGAAUAAAAUGUAAGAGGGAGCACAUUCUAAAACUCAGCUCACCCUAACACAGUUUUACUCUUUGAUUAAAUAAAGCACAAGACACAGAAAAUA